UGUCUUGGUGCUCAUGGGAGGUAUGCUCAGAAGUUGCUGACUGAUUUGUUCGCUAACUACACCAACGCUCUAAGACCGGUGGAGGACACGGACCACAUCAUCAAUGUCACACUGCAGAUCACCCUCUCACAAAUCAUCGACAUGGUAAACACACAAACACAUGCACAAGGUCACCACGAUGUCCCCACAUCACAUGCACACCCCAGCCUCCUCUGAUACUCUACCAUUUCUGUAUGUUUUCAUUACCUGUAGUCAUUGGACCUGUGUGUUUUAGUACCUGUUGUCUCUCUACCUGUGUGUGUUUUCCAUACAGGAUGAGCGUAACCAGAUCCUGACCACGUACCUGUGGAUCCGGCAGGUGUGGACGGACGCCUACCUCACCUGGAAGAAGGAGGACUACGAUGGUCUCGAUACCAUCCGCAUACCUAGUAGUUAUGUAUGGAGGCCUGAUAUUGUCCUAUAUAACAAGUAGGUCUGGCUGGUAUUGAGACACAUCGGUUCUCCCUGCAUGGGUUUGUUGUCCUCUUCCUCAUAAUCCUCUUCUUCACCCUCAUCAUCAAAUUCCUGUUGUGUUGCCAUGGACACAAGCUGGACACCCUAAAAGCUGUUACUCACGGGGUGUCCAGGCAACCAGUCUACUUCUGAUGCUCAUCACAGUGUAUUGGAGCAGUAGUUUGUUGUUGUUGCACCAUGACUAGUGCCAGGGUUUGUCCUGGUUAGGCUACGUGGUCAGGAAAAUCUCCUGGCACUUCUUAUGAUUUUGGCCACCUAAAGCCUUUCAAGUAUUUAAUUGUUGCAAUGUGCCAAUUCAACACUGACAGUGUUUCUAGCAAGAAUCAAGUCUUAAUCCAUAACCCAGUAGAUACCAGCCCUGUCCCACCAAUGGACCCUGACCCACAGUUGGGAAACACUCUCCAAAAACAACUGUAAAAACUGCACACUAGAAAAGACAGACAACUGACCUUGAUUUCCAUUCAUUUUUCAUUUUUCAACCUGAAAUGAAAAAUCAAUAGAACUAAAGUCAAGGUUGGUCGCCUGUCUUUUCUAGUUUGCGGAUUUAACACAUGUUUUGGGAUACUAGUUGUUCCUGCCCAAACCAGCACCCGGAUCUAGAUGCACGGGUUUUCUCUUUAUUCUUUUUGCAUUGGCAAACACUGUAUUAGUGGAAUAAUCCUGCUCUUCAUUUUUUCACAGUCUUGUUAUAUUUUAAUCUGCCUUUGUUGUUAUUACAACAUACAACUGAAUCAGUAAUCCUAAUACAACGGGCUUGACUUGGAGUAUUUCUAUAUCCUUUUUCCAGGAAAUAUCUAGACAGGUGUGAGGGUUGUGUGUUACAUGAGACUCACAAUAAUCCCCUACUUGAGCUAACACUCUACCUGUUUAAAUACCGGAUCCCUGUUGGAGGAUGGUUGCUAGUAGGGGGAUGCCACAGAAUGCAGAUUCAGUUCCUAAGCUUUGGUUUCUGAGAAGAUUCUAACUUUUAGGGUGGUAACUAUUAAAGUUCUAAGUUCAGUCCAGUCCCUGUGAUGAAGGUCAGAAGUGUAGUGAGAUUUCUGAGUGUAGGAGUGGGCUCUGAGAGGAGGGCUCCACCCCUCCCCUCCCCACUCUCCUUGCGCCCCGGCAAUCAUCUUUCGGUCAUCGUGCCUGACCAUCAUGACAUCCUUUAUCUCUCUGUGAGUCAUUCAGGUUUCCUGUCGUUAACUGUCAUUAACCCUCUCAUCUGCCUCUUUAACCGCUCCAUCUGCCUUUAACUGUAUCAGUCUGCCUCUAUCUAUCUAUCUGUCUGUCUGUGUCUAUCUGUCUCAAUCUGUCAUUAGGUCAUUAGACACUCCAUGCCCAUCUUCCUUCCCUCCAUUUCUGCCCUCGGUCCUUUCUCAGUCACUCCUCUAAAGAGUCUUUAGUGACUUGACGGUAAGUAUACCUUUUCUCUUUUUCUUUCAUAUCUAUUGUAGAUAAGAACACAUGUUCUAUGCUUUGAAUUGCCUUCUUUGUUCACCAAUGAAUUCCUCACACACUCUGCCUCUUCUCUCCCUCUUCCUUCCUCCCUCCAUCGCUCCCCCUCCCACCAUCCCUGCCCUCCUUCUCCCCCAUAAACUCCCCCCUCUAUCCUCCCUCUAUACUCCUCCUUCUCCCCUCAAUCUCCCCUCUCACUCAUACACUUUCCCUUCCUCUCGCCUUCCUCUCCCCCUCUCAGUGCUGAUGACCAGUUCUCCAGCUCCAUGGAGACCAACGUGGUGAUCCGUGACGAUGGACAGAUCAUGUGGGACCAGCCGGCCAUCACUAAGAGCUCGUGCUCCGUGGAUGUGUCCUUUUUCCCGUUUGAUGCCCAGCAGUGUCGCCUAACCUUCGGCUCCUGGACACACAACGGCAACCAGAUGGACCUGGUCAACGCCCUGGACAGCGCUGACCUGGCUGACUUCGUGGCCAACGUAGAGUGGGAGGUCAGAUUGAUUAGUUUAUUUUGCAAUUUAUAGCAGUGCUUUUGCUGCUAUUUAUACGGGCAAAGCCUGAACUGUAUUCCCUAUUUGCACUUUAUUGAUUGAAAACACUUUUGCAUUUAUAAGACUGUCUUAUCUAGUUGUUUCCAUAGUUUCUAUUCAACAAUGCACAAUACAUGUAUUUUAUUUUGUAUGUUUAUUGGAUAGGAUAGACAGAGAUAGGAGGAGUGUGCUGAAAGAGGAGUGGGUCGGAUUUGAACCCAUGCUGGCAGAGGUUCAAAGUACCUGUAUUCUUAGACUGCUAGACCACCACAGGCCACGCAUUUCUAUUCUAUUCCAUGCUAUCCUAACAACAGGUUCUGGGCAUGCCAGCCAAGAAGAACGUGAUCCUGUACGGCUGCUGCUCAGACCCCUACCCAGACAUCACCUACACCCUGCACCUGAAACGCAGGGCCUCCUUCUACAUUUUUAACCUGCUCAUCCCCUGUAUGAUGAUCUCCUUCCUGGCCCCGCUGGGCUUCUACCUGCCAGCUGACUCUGGGGAGAAAGUGUCCCUGGGGGUCACCGUGCUGCUGGCCCUGACCGUAUUCCAGCUGCUGGUGGCAGAGAGCAUGCCACCCUCGGAGAACGUACCACUCAUAGGUGAGAGGGGGGUGGGAGCAGGCUGGGGGGUGUUAGAGUGAGAGAUGGGUGGAGAGAGAAAGUGAUGGAAGAGGAAGGGAGAGAAAGAGAUUGAGAAACGGCGAGAGAAACAGUUUGCCAUGAGUACAGCAAUCAGAGAGAAUAUAUGCUCUCCUCUGGGCUUUUCAGGACAUUUUAUCUCCUUCUCCAACACUAACUGAGACUGACUAGCUCUCCUCAGAGACUUUUCAAGAUCUUCUCCCAUAAACUCACAGGCAGAGAUGCUUAGUAAAUAUUUAAUGGGUCUUACUCAGCACAACAUCCUCUCUGCAGCUCCAUUUAACUGCCUGGCUAUAGAUGAGAUGUGAUACAGAGCAGGGAGACCUUAUGAAUACUGAAGAAGCAUAUUUUGUAUGUUUAUUCAAUAUAUUAUUCCAUAUUUUAUUGCGAAAUAGUAUAGGGACAAGCAAAAAGUGCUUAUGCAUUUUGAAUCAACAUUGGAAUGCAUGCAGAGUAAAAUAAAAGUGAAGUAGUCAUUUUUGCAGUUGUAUUUCAGCACAGGACUGAGUCUAGUUAUAGUGGUGGUGUGUGCUUACAUUUUACAUUUUAGUUUUUUAGCAGACACUCUUAUCCAGAGCGACUUACAGUUAGUGCAUCCAUCUUAAGAUAGCUAGGAAAACAACCACAUAUCACAGUCAUAGUAAGUACAUUUUUCCUCAAUAAAGAAGUUAUCAGCAAAGUAGGAAAGGACAAGCACAUUUUCUUUGGGGGGAUUGGGGAGAGAGACUGAGAUGUCUUAUUAAAGAUACUCUUUGCAAAGGUAGAUGGGUUUUGAGAGCUGCUGUAGUAAAUUGUGUUGGUGUUUGUGGGAUAAUGUUGAUGUAAUGGUACAGAGGCCAGUCGAUAGUGGCUGUCCAGAUAAUUUAAUGUGCCGCGAUCACAACUCGAUAACCUAUACUUUGUCUUCCCUCUGUGGAGCAAUUAUGCUUGUCUGUCUACUUAUCACUGUCUAGAAUCCUGAAGGCAAUGAUGUUAUGUAAGCCAAUGUACUCCAUUACAUUGAAUAAGGAUGAUUAUGUUUGAAUGUGUGAGAGUUGUAAUACAUGGAAUCAAUUGUAUUGUUGAUCACUACUUCCCCACAGGCAAGUACUACAUUGCUACCAUGACGAUGAUCACUGCGUCGACCGCCCUGACCAUCUUCAUCAUGAACAUCCAUCACUGUGGUCCUGAGGCGCGUCCCGUCCCUGAGUGGGCCCGCCGCUUCAUCCUGCACUACCUGGCACGGAUCUGCUUUGUCUACGAGGUGGGAGAGAACUGCUUCACCGGCACCCCCAAGAAACGGGCCCCCCCUGAGCCCUCACCUGACCACAAUAUCAACCCCCAAACCAGAAGUACCAACUGGGAUGUGAACGGGCAGUCCUUGGGAGGCAUGGGAGGGAGGGGUGGAGAGGAAGGGGCUGGGGUGGGCGUAGAGACACAGGAAGAGAAAGAGGAGGGGGAUAGACUGGAUGUGAAAAGAGGCUCAUACCAAACGUUUGAGCCCAGCUGGUGGAAUGACGACCUGUUUGUGAGUAUAGAUGCUGGAGAGGAGGAGGAGGAUGGAGCAGCAGGAGGUGAGAAAGAAGGAGGAGGAGAGGCAGAAAAAGAGAAGGGUAUCAAAGGAGAAAGUGGGUGCAUGGGAGGAGCAGUGGAGGCAGAAAGAGGCAAAGGUGGAGGAGGAGAGAGAGGAGAUGCAAGAGGAGCAGGAGAGAGAGGCUGUAUGGGAGAGGGUGAAGAAAAAAGGAAAGGAUCAUUAGGAGGCGCAGAGGCUAGGGGUAGGAGGGAGGUGGUGGUGAGAGCCCAGUGUGUGUGUCAACACCAGGCGCUACGCAGGAACAUCGAGUACAUCGCCAACUGCUACCAUGAUCAGCGCUCCACGCAGAGACGUACGGGUGAGUGGAGGAAGGUGGCCAAGGUCAUGGACCGACUCUUCAUGUGGCUCUUCUUCAUCAUGGUCUUCCUCAUGAGCCUCCUCAUCAUGGGCAAGGCCGUC